AUGGCUGCCAUAGAGCAAAGCCAAGGGAGAGCCAUUGAGUUUUCUCCCUACCAGACACAACUUUCCAAAGAAACCCCGGGCAGCCCUGGUGGCGCCAACCGAAGCGAUGGCAGCGCUACGCCCGACGAUGAACCGGACAAGCAAACCUACAGCGCGCGCAACUGGAACCCAAAGUUUAAACUCUUGAUAUCCUUGAGUGCAAUUGCAUCUUACUUUGUGAUCACUCUUGCAACCUCCAUCUACAUUGCCAGCAUUCCUGGUAUCAUGCGUGAGUUCCGCGUCUCACAGACCUUGGCCAUCUCCCCGAUUACCUUCUAUGCCAUGGGCUUCGUGAUCGGGCCCAUGUUCACGGCAGCCCUCUCCGAGGAAUUCGGCCGGCAGUACAUCUACAAGACCUCGUUGCUGCUGCACCUGGUCUUCACCAUUGUCGGCGGUGCAGCGCCAAACUUCCGGACCAUUGCCGUUGCCCGAGCCAUCUCGGGGAUUGUCGGCUCGCCGUCGGUGACGGUCUUCGCGGGCGUACUGAAUGAUCUGUGGAAGAUGCCCGAGGAUAAAGCGGCCGGCGCGCUCUUCGUGCUGUACGGGCUGGGCGGGACACUGGCCACAGAGAUUGGCCCUAUUGCCGGCGAGUCGAUCGUGGCGGACCGUGACUGGCGCUGGUCGUUCUGGCUGACUGCGAUGCUGGUCGGGGUGUGUUUCCUGUCAAUGGUGUUCGUCCCCGAGACCUACGAGCCCGAGAUCCGUCGCAAGGCGCUCAAGCUGCCGCGCGGCGAUUGGCGCAAGACGCUGGGCCCGGCGUUUGCGCGUCCGGCUCGCAUGCUCUUCGUCGAGCCCAUCAUCCUGCCCACGGCGUUUAUCGUCACGAUGGGCCAGGUGGUUGUCUUUGUUUUCUAUGCUAGCUACCCCCUCGUCCUGCAGAGCGCGUAUAAUUUCUCUUCCUACGAGGUGGGACUGGCCUUUUUGCCUUUGAUGGUGGGCAGUCUCCUGGCUCUGCCGGUGUUGUCUUGGGCAGCAAAGAGGAGGGAAAAAUACACCGAGAAACACCCGGAGCAGACCCUGACGGGGGCGAUGGUUGCGGCGGUUCUACUGCCCAUCAGUUUGUUCUGGCUCGCAUGGACAGCUCGUCCAAGUAUCCACUGGAUCUGCCCGCUCCUCGCUGGCAUACCAUACGGCAUGGGAUUUUCGCUGUCGCAGCUUAUCUACCCCCUGUACAAAAACGAGUUCUACGGAGCGGAACUCGGCGCAUCAGCCUUUGCAGUCGACGUCGCCAUGCGGUACACGUUCUCGUGCGUGUUCCCCUUGUUCACGAUCCAGAUGGUUGAUGCAAUGAAGUUUGAGUGGGCCAUCUCCCUCUGUGCAUUUAUCAUGUUGGCCAUGGCUCCUGUUCCGUGGCUCCUGAAGAUCUAUGGCCCGUCGUUGCGACACCGCAGCCGAUAUGUGAAGACCGGGGAAACCGGAUCUGAUGAAGGUGCCGCAUAA